AUGAGCAACGAGAGCAUACCGUCCUUUAAUCGCCACUUACGACUGGCCUUGCUUUGCACGACAUCUGUAGCCAUAUGCUCCAGUUUUCUACUCGCUAUACUCAUCUUAAACAUUCGCAUCGGAUUCAAUUCGUCGACAUCGUGGACGGCGUGGGAUUUCGCCCACAUCGACAUCGUCACCGCGAAAACCCUGGACGAAUCUCCAUCCCGAAAAGUGAUCCUUGCACUGGAGAUGAUUCUCCCUCCAGUACUCGGUCUUCACUUUUUCGUAUUUUUUGGGUUUAUCGAAGAGGCGAUGAGGCGCAUACGCGGCCACCGCUUCUCGACCAAUUCGGUGCUCCCAGAAGCCUGGCGGAGGAAUCACCGACCCGCCGAGUCUUCUCAUCGCCACGAGGCAGGUAUAAUAGAAAUAACACCACCAUCGCUUACAGACCACCAAUUCGCUGUCAUGCCGGCCCCGCUCGCACCCACGUACUCGGUCACGAACCACACUACUGCUACCGCUACACCGAGCUACUCCCCACCACACUCACGACCUUCUUCU